CUUAAACCUCGCCUCUCUCUCUCCACAAACCCCUCUUUAUGCUUCGUGGCUCUUUUCAUCCCGAAACCCUCUGUUCCGCCGCCGCGUCUUCACCAUGGCAUGGCUGAGCCGCCUGCGAUUGGCCUCUCCGGUUGCGAGUCGCGUAGUGGGGCGUCGAUCGUUCGGGUCAGCAGCCGCGGUGGAGCUUGACUAUGAUUCCGACGACGAAUAUUACUAUAGGGAUGAUCUCCGGCCAAGGCUCGGAUUGGCCGCUUCAGAAACGGAGAGGGGAGUCCAGUGGGUUCUCAUGGGUGCCCCUGGCGCCUGGAGACACGCAUUCGCUGACAGGCUCUCUAAGCUUCUUCAAGUUCCUCACAUUUCUAUGGGAACUCUUGUUCGUCAGGAGCUUAACCCUAGAUCCGCUCUCUACAAGGAGAUUGCUGCAGCUGUAAAUGAACGAAAGCUUGUUCCAGAAGGUGUUGUGUUUGCAUUGCUGUCGAAGAGGCUGGAAGAAGGGUGCGCAAAGGGGGAAACAGGCUUCAUUCUCGAAGGAAUUCCCCGGACUCGGAUCCAAGCUGAAAUUCUGGAUCAAAUAGAACAAAUUGACCUCGUUGUGAAUCUCAAAUGCUCGGAGAAACAUUUGGUUAAACUCAAUCAUGGAAGUGAAAUUACUUCACCUGGCCUGGAGUUUCCUGGCUCUAUGUUACCCUCUGCAGUUCCCAUCAAAGCUCGGCAGGAGAGUAUCCGGAUCUAUUCUGAAGAGGUGAGGCCCCUGGAAGAGUAUUACAGGAAGCAGAGGAAACUUAUAGACUUUGAGGUGGGAGGUGCCACGUCGGCAGAAACCUGGCAGGGCUUGUUGGCUGCUUUGCAUCUGAAGCACUCCCAAUGCACACCGCCAGCUCACUCUCUCUUUUGAUUCUCCACCAGCGGAGUUCCUUUUAGAGCUUUGCUUCUAAAUUUUGAUCUUCUUUCCAUUUUCUGGGUCUGUUUCCAGAUACCAUAACCCCCAGCAAAUCUGUGAUUCCGACGAAACACUCCCAUGCAAGCAGUGGGGACGAAAAGUUACCCGCAUACUCAAAACGCAAUUCCACAUAAAUCAGUAAAUGCAUCCGUUAUUGCUUCAAAA